AUGCUGUCCGUUAAUACGAAAAAUAUCGUGAAGGCCACCGUGCCAGUACUAGAACAACAUGGUGUUACCAUCACCAAAAUCUUCUACAACAACAUGCUUUCUGAAAACCCUGUCCUUUUGAACACUUUCAACAGAGUGAAUCAAAAGAAGGGUAGACAACCCACCGCAUUGGCAAUGACCGUUUUGGCUGCUGCUAAGAACAUUGAUGACUUGUCCGUCUUAUUGCCUGCCGUGAAUGAAAUCGGCCAAAAGCACCGUGCUUUACAAGUUGAACCAGCACAAUAUGAUAUCGUCGGAAAAUACUUGUUGUUGGCUAUCAAAGAAGUUUUGGGCAGUGCUGCUACACCAGAAAUUAUCCAAGCUUGGGGCGAAGCUUACAAAGUCAUUGCUGACAUUUUCAUCAGUGUUGAAAAGGAAAUGUAUAAGAAGGCAGCAUGGCCAUCUUGGAAACCUUUCGUUGUCACUGAAAAGACACAUGUCGCAGACGAAAUCAUCGAAUUUGUCGUCAAGACCGCUCCAGGUUGUGACGUCGAUUUGUCAAAGUUGAAAAUCGUCCCAGGCCAAUAUUUGACCGUUAAGACCCAUCCAACCACCCAUGACAACGAAUAUGACGCCUUGAGACAUUACUCCAUUUGUUCUGAGUCUACUGAAGACGGAUUGAAAUUCGCCGUUAAGUACGAACACGGUGAAGAACAAGACGGUUUGGUCUCUGAAUACAUGCAUAAAUUCAUCAACGUUGGUGACCAAAUCGAACUAAGUGCUCCAGCCGGUGACUUCGAAAUGAACAAAGAAUUGAUUAAACAAGAAGAAGUCCCAUUGGUACUAAUCAGCGCUGGUGUAGGUGCCACUCCAUUGGUCGCCAUGCUUGAAUUCCAACAGAAACAUAACCCAAAGAGACCUGUUUUGUGGAUCCAAUCUUCUAACGAUGAAAUGUCUCAACCGUUCAAGGAUCACGUGACCGACUUGCUAUCGAAAUUCGACAACGCCAGAUCCGAAAUCGUACACACAGCAUCCAUGCCAAGAAUAGACGGUACCUUCUUGGAAAAGCAUAUCCCAGGCCACUCUGACGUCUACAUCUGUGGUUCUAUCGAGUUCAUGGAAACUUUAAUGGGCGUUCUAAAGGAUUUGGGCCACCAUGAUCAAAUGAUUCAUUACGAACCUUUUGGUCCAAAGAUGUCCUUAGUGUAG